GUGCCUCGGGUGAGGUGAGCCCAGCUGGUCGCCGGGUGGGAGUUACAACACGUUUCACUGUUAUCAAGAUGUACGGGGAGAUCACACAGCUUGUAUAAGAGCCCGUAUCACACUGCAGAAGCAGACGCCCUUCCAAAAUACAGGAGCGGUGACCGGCGGCCGGGCGGCGCGGCGCCAUGAUCGGCACGCUGCUGCUGGCGCUGCUCUGCGUGCUGCUGGGCGUCGUGCUGACGCUGGCCGUGCAGUACUACGUGCUGGAGAACUACUUCGAGAGUCUACCGAUCGUGGGACCGACCGACAAGCCGACGGUGACCCAGCCCAAACUGCCCGAGGAGCUGGCCGAUGAGGUGCGGAAGGAGACGUACCAGCGGAAGGAAACAUGUCUGGCCAUCAAUCUGCUGGUGCAGAUGCUGUUCGGUGAUCUCGUGCACACGCCGCGCCUGCGUCAGUGGGUCCUCAACAAGAUCCACCUCGAGUUCCAGGAGCUGAUGGCUCGCACAAGCGUCGGCAAGCUCUUCCACAACAUCAGGAUCAACGAGCUGGACCUGGGUGGUCAGAUGCCCGUGUUCAAGAGCGUCACCACCCAGUACGUGUCGCUCCAUCCCGUCACCCAGACCAUCGAGCAGCUGGACCUCAAGCUGGACGUCGAGUACAACGGCGGUCUGAAGAUCAGCAUCCUGGCCGACAUCGUGCUGAACAGGAAGGGCUUCGUCUUCCUCAAAAUCGAGCGGCUGUCGGGCCAGGUGCUGCUGCGCUUCACCCGGCGGCCGUUCUCGCACUGGGCGUACAGCUUCAUCGGUGACCCCACCAUCGAGGUGGAGGCAGAGUCGCAGUUCCAGGGCCGGCCGCAGCCGCGCAUCACUGCCGUCAUCGUGCGCCAGAUUAAGCGCACGCUGCGCAAGCGCCACACGCUGCCCAACUACAAGCUGCGCUACAAGCCGUUCUUCAUGUCGCGGCUGCAGCAGCUGGUGCCGGACGCGACGCUGGCCGAGCUGACCUCGUCCGCCCAGCUGGAGGUCACCGUGAAGCGACUGUCGCGGCUGCGCUCCAGCGGCCAGCUGACGCACGUCUACUGCCGGCUGGCCGUCGGUGCCGACCCGCUGCUGCUGGACACGUCCCACAUCAGCUGGCACCAGGAGGAGCUGCACGUGCCGGCCCACCCGGGCCAGGCUGUCGGUCUGCUGGUGCGCGACACAUUCGUCAUGGAGAAGCAGCGGAACUGCAUCACCAUCUUCAUCGUCGUGCACAACGCUCCCGCCUACAAGGCCGGUCUCAAAGCGGGCGACAUAGUGGACUCUGUGGACGGCGAGCCGGUGCGGGACCUGCCCACCGCCAACCGCCUGCUGCGCCAGCCGGCCAGCGACAUCCGCGUCCGCGUGCUGCGCAUGGCCGAGAACAAGGAGGCCAAACACAGCAGCCAGAAGCGGCCGUCCGUGGGCGGGUCGCGGCCGCCGGCGCCGGCGUCCGAGCGCCGCCUGCACAGCUCAGCCAGCGAGAGCCUGCUGUUGGACGAGUCGCCGGUGCGCCGCCGCCGCGGCACCAAGAGCGUCAGCGUGGGGCUGCCCUCAGUGGCGGAUAAGGACGACAACAGUUCCGCGGUGAGCCUGCCAGCGGCCCUUCACAGCUGCCUGUUCGACCAGGAGAAGAGCACCAAGUGGGCCCGCUGGAAUGAGGACCCGGUGCUGAACGAGACGUUCCAGUUCUCGGUUGGGCCGCCGCACCGCUACCUGAACGUGUCGGUGAUGGGCGUGCCGGAGACGGGCGCUGGCGAGCCGGCCGCCGAGCCGGGCCAGCACGUGCUGCUGGGCCGCCUGAGCCUGCCGCUGGCCCAGCUGGUGUCCCGCUGCCAGCUGACGGUCAUGGGGCAUCACGUGGAGACGUGCCGCUUCCUGCCGCCGACGAUCGCCGCCGUCAAGGAUGUGGACCACGAGCUGUCCGUGUUCAACGGGUUCGAGCCGACAUACUGCUUCGGGGACGUGUUACUGUCGUUCGUGCUGACGGCGGGCGCGCCGGACGGCGGUGAGCCCGAGCCGGCGGCCGACGAGGAUGGCUCCCGCCUGCUUGAGCGCAUGGACGUGGAUGACUCUGAGCCCGAUGAGGAGGAGACGCCGCUCGAGAUCCGCGUCGGCCACCGCUUUGCCCGCAUGAAGUUUACCGCAUCGACGGAGUGCGACUUCUGCCACCGCAAGAUCUGGCUCAAGGACGCGUUCCAGUGUUCGGCCUGCCUGAUGACGUGUCACAAACGCUGCAUCGACCGUUGCCAGAGCCAGACCACCUGUCAGGCGGAGCUGAACCGCGGCUGGCGCGACUCCAUCAGCGACAGCCACCUGCCGGAGAUCGUCACCAGCUCGGAGGACACGGACCAGCCAGCCGACAAGAAGACCGCCGGCCGAGCUCGCCGCAAGGUAAAGAAGGUGUUGAACGCGGCGCGCGCGGUCCGCCAGCGGCGGCGGCGCCUCAACAACCUGAUCGCGUCGCUCUCGUCGAGUGGCCUGAAGCGGACGGGCUCGGCGCAGAACCUUGCACCGCCGGCGCCCAGCCUGCAGCGGGGCCUCUCCACCAGCUUACCUCCCUCGCCGCAGCGCUCGCCCGCCACCAGCAGGAAGAACUCCCUGGCCGCCGCGCCGUUCGCCGCCGUCACCGGCGCCGCCGAGUGCGACAGUGACGAGGAGCUGGACGUGGCGCUGUCCAACAUGCAGCGCUGUGCCAACAACGAAAACCUGGUGCUGGCGGCGCGCGAGCUCGGCUGCCAGCUCUACGUGGAGAUGGAGCCGGCGGCGCGCCGCGAUCGGCUGGAGAACAUGGUGUCGAAGCUGCAGACGGAGCUGGACGCCGAGGAGAGCCGACGUCAGGAGCUGCUGCAGGCCGACCGGCAGGCCGAGCAGCCCAGCACGCGCACCCGCUGCGCCCUUCUGCUGGCCCAGUCCGACGAAAAGACCAAGAUGCUUGGCAUACUCAUGGUGUACUACAACGCCGGCCUGCGGGACGCCGAGCAGUCGGCGCGGAGCGGCGGCGCCGUCCAGCAGUGACUUCAGCCGGCGUCCGUCGCCGCCCGGCCCAGGCCGCGCGCGCGCCUCUCCUCAGCGCUGGACGUCGGCUCUCCCACCAGUGGCUGUUCGCCGGCCGGUGCGUAGUCUCAAAUGCGAAGCCGGGCUGGUGAUGUGAAGCUCCGGGUCUUCUCCGCAGCCAUGAUGGGACGGGCGCUGGCAGGCGGCUUGCGGCCUCCUCGCCAGGCUCUCCCGCGUGCGCUGCGGUCGUCUGUGGCCAUCUGUGGCCCGCCCGGCCCCGCCGCCACGCCUCUGGUUCGCGUAGCAUUUCCCAUGGUGACCCGGUGUUUAUCUCUCCCUGUUUGGCCGGUGCCCGGGCCGGGGUGAAGCGGCGGCACGUACCCGCCCUCCGUGGCGGCGGCAGAACCGCCAGCCUCGCCGGUUGUCGGUCGGCCGUCACGGCCCGCCAUUGGCGCUUGGUAGUGCAGUCCGAUUUCGUCUUGAGCUCACCGAAUCUCUGCAUAUCUGCUUACGGGCGUGACUGUGAUGCUGGUGAUAGUGCCCGCGGUGUCGACAGCUGCUGGUGAUAGUGCUCGCUGUGGCGACGCUGGUGUGGUGAUAGUGCUCGCGACGAUGGCUGCUUGCGAGCGCCGCGUCUGGGGCGGUAUUUUGCUAUCUACUUAUGGGUUAUGUAUGGUCGGCUGUUUGUGAGACGCUUGACUCAUUCCGUCGUGUGCACGUAUGAGCGUCCUCCGGUGCUGUCCUGGCACGGAUGCGUGCUCGCUGGCUGUUGCGAUCUUACGGCGCAUGGCCCACUCAACCAGCCAGUACUGCUCUAUGUGGCUCGGUUCAUGGCGGCCUUGGUCUGUUUCUUUUUACCGAGACGUGCGUCGACGUAGUGUAUUGUAGCGUAUUGAGAAGCUCACGUCCCAGCGUCCCAAUAGUCCCGGCGUGGCAGAACAGCUGAUAGCUGUGUCAGGACCUAACGUAUGGGGAAGCAUAUGGCUCCGACAUUGCAGCGGUCAGACAUGGGGUGUUAAGAGUUCUACAGGUCCGUCUGGGCCGACACGCCCUUCGAUUCCCCUGUAGUUUCAGUCGAAUACGUCAAGUCUUAAGCUCGUGAGUGAGCGACCC